AUGGGCAAUAGGUCUAUUUGUUGUUCCACUUAGGCGGAAUUCCAAUCUUAGAUUUGCAGACAGGAUGGAAGACCACAAGCAUAAGUUAUUCAAUAAACAGACAUUAAUGGCUGUCGUGUAGUUUUAAGUCUCGGGAAAUUAUUUAAUGAGUAAGUAGACAUAAUAGUGUUGACUACAACUCAGAAAUUGAAGUUGAACUGUUAGCAAUCAGAACACAUUAAGAAGUUUGCAGGCGAUUAGAUAUUGAAUGAAUUGCACCAAACUCUUUUGAGCUAGGGAGGAAAAGUAUAAUUGGGAUCUGUUGUACAUACUCAUGCUGGAGAAAUGCCAUACGAUUACUUGUUCUUUGCAGUAUUGCCUAGUGCUACUGAUGCUUCAAUAAUAGUGUUGAAUGAGUCCUACGAAUAGGAGAUGGCAUAUUCAAUUGAGGAGAACUUCAGGGUAAAUUCUAUUACUGCAUAUGCUGACAAGUGGAAAUUCGAUUCUACGCAGUCAAGGGAAAUUCAAAUUGUGUAUGAGGCAGUAGUUAAUUGUUUGGAGAAAGCAACGGAAUUGGGAGUGAAAUCAAUCGCCUUUUCUGUGAUGGAUUAGCAAAUCAAUCAAAUUGCAAGAAGUAAACUGGCUUCGGUCAUGUUGUUUGCAAUCAAGAGUUUCUUGAGAGAAUAUUGCAGCAAGACUAGUUUGGUUGAAAUACGAAUUUCAUCCUGUGAGGCUCCCUCGUUCAAAAUUUAUAAAACCUACAUGAAUUAAAUUUUAACUUAUCAGGGGGAAACCACAAUGGAGAAGCUGUUUUAAUAGGAAGAGUAAAUAUAUUAAUAAGAAUUCAAAAUUGACAGUUAGAAUGAUAUAGGUAUCAAGAAAGAUGAUAUUCGAAAAUUUUGCAAUGGGUACAAGGACGGAGAUUACAAGGCAAAUCAAUAUAAAAGUUCUUUUUGAUUAAGGUUUUAUGUAUAUAUAUAUGUAUGUGAAGAUACUUGA